CGCCAAAGUCGACGAGCGCCAAUUUUUGGGAGCAUCCACGGCAGCAGGGACCCGUCACGAACACGCGGCAGUUGAGUGGUCUUCAACUGGGCUGGAAAAAAAGGUUCAGCGGAUGUAUUUUAUGUUGAUUAGUGUCCAGUGAGGAAGAUGAACAAAACGGUGUACUACGCGUUGGUGGCAUUGUGGGAGAAAUCCGGGUGCAAAAUCGUGGCGGAUUACCCGGCGAAACAGGAUCCAGCGUACAGAGCGAUCGCGCUCAGCACGGUUGACGGCCUCAAAUCGCUGGAGAACGAUAAGAUCAGCUUCGAUCGGGGCAAAUCAUUCAUCCGCAGGUACACGGUUCACGUGCUCAUCGGUGAACUACAUUACGUUUGCCUCACGUUGAAAGCGGACUGUUCUUCGUCAGCAGCCAAGCUGGAAUCCUGUUCGCAGAUGUUUCUCGAGAAGAUGCGAAACAUUUACAGAGAAGUGCCGAUUUUGGCUGAUCUCAGCAGAGAUCUGACCGAUCUGGCGGUCAUUGAUCUCUCGAAACCUCUAAAGAAGAUAGUCGACGAGUACAAUCAACGAAACGAAAUAAUACCGAGGCUAGAGGAGGAGCUGACGGAAAUCCGAAAAACAUUGAUGGACGGCGUGCAAAAGUUGAUUGACAGGGGCCAGAGGCUCGACGAACUCGUACGAAAGACUCAGACUUUGCAAAUUAUGUCUCGAAAGGAUUUUCACGUGUUAACGAGGACAUCCAAGAAGAGGAGGAACGCCACAAUGGCGGUGGCAACGACAGUGACGCUGAUGUUCCUCUUCACGUCUCUCCUGCUGUUUCUAUUAUAUUUAGGGAUUCUCUGAUCAAUGCUGCUUCUUAAAAUAUGAAAUAUACGAACGAAUAAAUAAUUUAUUAUUUACUUGCCUUUCGA